UCCAUUAGAGAGGCCACCAUCAACUUGGAUGGAUCCUUUAUAUGUACCAGAGUGUUCUCCAUUUCUGAUAACACAAUGGCCACAAAAUUCUGUUUUUUUCCUCCAGCUUUAAUCCUCCUAACAAUAUUAGCUUUCAGUUCUUCUGGAAAUGCUCAAGUGUCUGAAGUAACAACUUCUAAUCAAGCUCUUCUCUAUGCUUCUCCACCACCACCAAAUGGAUGUCCCUAUUCUUGCCUUCCUCCACCUACCCCUACCGACUGCCCACCGCCUCCAUCUUCACCACAGCUACCACCAGUGGGGUAUUAUUUGCCACCAGGUGGAGACUUUUUACCUCCACCGAUGUACGUGUAUGGUCCUCCACCUCCUAAUCCAAUUUUACCUUACCUCCCAUUUUACUACAAGAAUCCACCACCACCACCACAGUCUGAUUACUCUUCUGCUGCAACUCAUUAUGUGACAAGCAAGCAUAUGAAGAGCAAGUUAUUGCUACUAUUGACACUUCUCCUUACCUGGUGACACCAAACAAAGGUGGCACGAUUUCAUAUUCAAUAUUUUUUAGUAUUUGGGACCAAGGAAGUUCAUGUGCAGCUAGCGCCAUGUAGUAGUACAAAUAUAACUCUUGCUGGGUACAUCUGAGGGCAACAGUACAGGUGGCAAGUACUCUGAUUCUCUUUUAACUAUUUUUGGAGGAGAAACUUGAAAGAAAAAAGCGUCUCCUUUUUUUCUGAGUUUUUCUCCUACUAAAAAAUUGUUCCUACUCACCAAAAACCAGAAAGCCUUAACAAAUGGUUCUGGAGAGAAGAUCUAGUCAAGUAUUGCCAAACACAGCCUCCCUCCCCCUUUUUCCUUUUUGCCUCACAUUUAAGUAUUUCAUGAUUGCACUGGCUGCUACAUCUAUAAAUGCAUAUAAGUAUAAACAUAUA